GUCACGUUGGGGGGAGCCGUGGAGAGGAGCGAUCCGUUUACACUACUUUGCUAUAGCAGCUAUCUUAAUGGUUACUGCGUGGCCGGGAGGAAACCUGAUCGGCUAGAUCCAGCCGAAAGCAGGAGGAGUGGACUUUGCGGAGAGAGGGAGAGAAAGGGGGGGAAAACAUGUCUUCUGCCUCCCCCACAGACAAGCUCCCGAGCGCGGUGGAGAUCAAGCAAGAGAAUGUGAUGGAAAUCCUCUCCGAAGCAGGCACGGCGCCCCGGGAAAGGGCAGCCCGCAACCCUGCACCGCCGCCCGCGGCCCCUUUCCCCAUGGAGCAGGCAGGCUCCGCGGCUGGGGAGGAGGGAGCUGCGGAUCAGCUCCUGCUCCACACUGAACUUCUGGCCAGGAAUCACCAUGCUGCCGCCGCCGCCGCCUCCUCCUCCUCUCCCUCCUCCUCCCAGACCCCCCUGGCUUUCUCCCCGGAUCAUGUAGCCUGCGUCUGCGAGGCGCUGCAGCAAGGUGGGAACCUGGACCGCCUGGCCAGGUUCCUGUGGGCUUUGCCCCAGAGCGAUCUGCUACGUGGCAACGAGAGCCUGCUGAAAGCCCGGGCGCUGGUGGCUUUCCACCAGGGCAUCUACCCGGAGCUCUACAGCAUCCUGGAGGGCCACAGCUUCGACUCCUCCAACCACCCGCUGCUGCAGGAGCUCUGGUACAAGGCGCGCUACACCGAGGCGGAGCGAGCCCGGGGCCGACCCCUGGGGGCGGUGGACAAGUACCGGCUGCGGAGGAAGUUCCCGCUGCCCCGGACCAUCUGGGACGGCGAGGAGACGGUGUAUUGCUUCAAGGAGAAGUCCCGCAACGCGCUGAAGGAGCUCUACAAGCAGAACCGGUACCCGUCGCCGGCCGAGAAGCGGAACCUGGCCAAGAUCACCGGCCUCUCCCUUACCCAGGUCAGCAACUGGUUCAAGAACCGGCGGCAGCGGGACCGCAACCCCUCCGAGACCCAGUCCAAAAGUGAGUCAGAUGGCAACCCUAGCACAGAAGAUGAAUCCAGUAAGGGGCAGGAGGAUUUAUCGCCACAUCCACUCCCCAACUCGUCUGAUGGAGCUACAAGCCUAAGCCUUCCCAAUCACAUGGAACCAGUGUACAUGCAGCAGCUUGGAAACACUAAAAUAUCUUUAAGUUCUUCUGGUGUUUUGCUGAAUGGAAACCUAGUGCCUGCCAGUACUUCUUCUGUCUUUCUUAAUGGGAGCUCUUUUCUUCAAGGACCCAAUGGAGUAAUCCUCAAUGGUCUCAACAUGGGGACUUCACAGACAGUAACUUUAAAUCCACCCAAAACCACUUCAAGUGCUGUGAGCAAUGGAGUCUCAAUCACUGACAUACUGGUGUCUUCUUCUGAAGAUGUCAAGGACUUCAAAAUCCUCCAGGCUUCUGUGUCUAAUUCUGCAGCAGCACCAACACCAUACAGUCCCAGUAAUGUACCUGUCUCAUUUCCAGGGUUAAUACCAAGCAGUGAGGUGAAAAGGGAAAGCAUACAAACUGUUGCUUCUCAGGAUGGAGGGUCUGUAGUUACUUUUACUGCUCCUGUCCAAAUAAACCAGUAUGGCAUUGUCCAGAUCCCUAAUUCAGGAACAAAUGGCCAGUUGCUUAAUGGAAGCAUCGGGUUUUCUCCUCUGCAGCUGCCUCCUGUUUCUGUGCCAGCUUCACAAGGUAACAUUUCAAUAAAUCCAAGUACAUCAGAUGGGGGGACUUUUACAAGUGAUUCUUCAACAGCGCAGCAAGGAAAGGUUUUCUUUAGCCCUCUUACUCCCAGUGCAGUGGUGUAUACAGUUCCCAAUUCAGGUCAGGCAAUAGGAUCUGUUAAACAAGAAGGAUUGGAAAGAAGCCUUGUGUUUUCUCAGUUAAUGCCCGUCAGUCAGAAUACACAACUAAACGUAAACGUAUCUUCUGAAAAUGUAGCUGGUGGAGGCCUCCAGUCCAUGGCUUCCUCCUUAGUAAAUGUAACUCCCUCACAUAAUUUUUCCCUAGCUCCACCUUCUCUUUUAAAUGCUACAGAACUGAACUCUGGUAUCUCAGAGAGUCAGUCUAUGUCAGCAGCUGUAACAAAUACAUCUACUGUGAUAUCAAUCAGCAACACUAACUAUGCAACUCUUCAGAACUGUUCCCUCAUUACCAGUCAAGAUCUCAUGUCAAUUUCUACAGCACAGCCUGCACUCCGGGAAAUAGUUUCAACAACUGGAGACCAUGUCAGUCAUCCAUCUGCACAAGUUCAUCCGGAUUUUGUCAGAGAGCACAGGUUAGUUCUGCAGUCAGCACCCGAUGUCAAGGAGAAUUUCUUAUCCAAUUCUGAGAGUAAGUCAACCAGCAAUUUAAUGAUGCUGGACACAAAAUCCAAAUAUGUUAUGAGUAAUAUGGUCGACACAGUCUGUGAAGAACUGGAAACGGACAAAAAAGAGCUUGCCAAACUCCAGACAGUUCAGAUGGAUGAAGAUAUGCAAGAUUUUUAA